AUAUAAUAUAUAUUUAUCAAAUCUAAAGGGUAGAAAAUGAAAAUACACACAAGAGUGAAAUAUAGUAUCAUCUUGCUGUUCCCUCCUAAGUAGUAGAAUACUCAUCCAUGGACGUAGCUAUUGUAUCCCAUUCAAUACAUAACAUCCUUCGAUGGACGAACUCCCUGAAACCUCUAGUUAAUCGGUUAUCAGGAAUUGACAUCGACCAGAUCAAUAACAAUCUUAUAGAGAUCAACGACAAAGUGAAAGAAGCAAAACAGAAUCACUUCCAUGGCUCCGAGGAGAUUCUUCCUUGGUUGCAAAAGGUUAAAGAAAUCAUAAUCGAUUUUAACGAUUUGAUGGAGGAUAUUCAUCAGAAGGAGAUUAAUACCAGCACAGUUUCGCUUUUCAGAUGGGUAUUAAGCAUAAGGAGCCGUGUCAGAGUCACGUUUCAAGUCAUGAAAGCAGCAGAGAAUAUCAAAACCUUAACCAAAGAAGCUAAGGGAUUUUUAUUCUCUGUACAAGAAGAAAGAACAAAGUUUGAACACCAUGUGUUUGAGAAAAUUACUAUGGUUGGAAGAGAAAAUGAGAAGAAGGAGAUUAUAGAUCAACUACUCAAGUUGAAGAUUUCUGUUGUUGUAAUUGUUGGUGGUUCAGGAAUUGGGAAAACAAAACUUGCACGUCUCAUUUGUGAGGAUCAACAGGUCAAAUCUCAUUUUGACUUUCCACCGAUUUGGAUUGAUUCUCAUCACGAAACCUUUCAUGUUUCAGCUGCUAUCACCGGUAAACGCCGUUUACUUGUGCUUGAUGAUCUGCGAAUUGAGAUUAAGCUUGAUCUUGAAAAGUUGCAACAGAAAUUAAUCGACUCUGGGGGUGCCGGUUCUGCUAUACUCAUCACUACGUGUAGCCACCAUGUUGCAAAUACUCUAGCUGGAUUUGCUUCUAGAUUUGUUUUGAAAGGGCUUAAUGAACAUGAAUCUCGAUUGCUUUUUCAACAAAUUCGUGGAACAACUUCAACUUCAACUUCAACUUCAACUUCGACCAACAACAAACAAGACAUUGAGUGGGAGAUUGUGAAAGAUUGUGGUGGAGUCCCUCUUUGGAUACUGAUCAUAGCGACGUUGAUGAAGAACCAUAGUGGUGGAGGGGACUUGAUUCUUGAAGCAAAACAAAUAGCAGACGUCGAGACGAAGUUUUUACAAGAGGUUGAGUCUAUCUAUUACGAUUAUCUUCCCACGCAUCAGAAAUUGUGCUUUGCGUUGUGUUCGUUGUUUUCAAGCGAUUAUUUGAUAGACGCGGAGAGAUUAACUCAACUCUGGACUGCGGAAGGAUUUCUCACUAUUCCAUAUCAACAACUUGAUCGAGCUUGUUUCCAAGACUUUGUUUCUUUGGUUUUCCAUCAAGAGGAAGAAAAUGGUGUAUAUAGAAUGAGCCGCUUAAUGCACAAACUCGCAAAGAUAGUUGCGGGUGAUGAAAACAUCAUUGUGGAUUCAAUGGGGGAAGUAGUUAAAGAAGUAAUGCUGCGAGCUUCGUUUGAUUUCGGUUUGGAUCUAUCAUGUGGGAUUCCAGAUUCAGUGUUUGAGAAAGCAAAGAAACUGAGAACCAUUCUAUUGUCAUACAAAAACACCAACAACCCUCGGCUUCCACACGAGGUAAAGAUGACAACAUCAACAUGUGAUAAGAUCUUCAACACCUUCAAGUCUCUGCGCGUGUUGGAUCUACACGACUUGGGGAUCAAGGUAGUGCCAACCUCUAUUCAGGAGAUGAAAUACUUGAGGUAUCUAGAUCUAUCCCAUAACAACAUAGAGAAGCUUCCUAGUUGCAUCACAAAGCUUAUCCAUUUGCAAACCUUGAAACUCUCCUACUGCCACGUCCUCAAGGAAUUGCCAAGAGACUUGCAGGAUCUGGCUCAACUCAAGCAUCUUGACAUUGAAGGUUGCUUAGAUCUGACUCACAUGCCAGCCGGGAUAAAUAACCUCACUUCUUUACAAACACUGUCACUUUUCGUGGCUAGCAAGAAACACGUCAUCACCACAGGACUAAGAGAACUCGCCGAUCUGAACAAUCUGAGAGGAACCUUGGAAAUUCUGCAUCUGGAGCAAGUCAAGUUCUAUCCAUCCAAUGAAGGGGCUAAUGAUGAAAUUUUGAAAAAUAAACGACACCUUCAGCAUUUGACUUUAAGAUGGGAUCAUGAUGAUGACGAAGAGAAAAACGACGGAGUUGAUAUUGACAACAGCGACGAGAAGUUACUUGAAUGUCUCCAGCCACAUCCAAGUCUAGAAGUGCUAUUUGUUGUGGGGUACAAUGGCCACUCCUUCUCUAACUGGCUUGUUUCACUUCAAUGCCUUGUUAAGUUUACCUUAAAUGAUUGUCAUAAAUGCAUAUCUCUACCGCCAAUGGAUCACCUUCCACUUCUCAAGGUUCUUCAUCUUAGGAGGUUGAACUCUCUCGAGUUCAUUUCAAAAAACAGUACAGAACUUGAGGUAGGUUCCACUUCCUCUACUACACCUAUAUUCUUUCCUUCCUUAAAGGAACUUACAAUCUCAGAUUGUCCAAAUCUUAAAAGUUGGUGGGAAAAUGAUGAGAUAUUGAAAAACAAAAGACCAUCUUUCACUUGUAUUUCAAAAGUAAGUAUCCGGUGUUGUCCUAAAUUAGCAUGCAUGCCAUUGUGUACUGAUCUUGAUGAAGAGUUAGUUCUGGUAGAUUCCAACUUAAGAUCAAUGAGGGAAACUGAAACUACUUCAGAAGCUGUACUACGUCCUCUCUUGCAAUUGAAGUCCAUGGUAAUUGAGCGUAUUGAAGAAUCUCCACCACAAAGUUGGCUUAUGAACUUCAUUUUACUUGAAAAACUUCACAUUCGAGAUUGUUUUAAUUUAAAGUCUCUACCACAAGGUUUCAAGUCUUUGAGCUCACUCAAAUCUCUCAGCAUUGAGAGAUGUCAGGAAUUCGAUCUCGAAAAUUCUGAAGGUGAAUGGGAAGGUCUGAAAAACCUUCAUUCUCUAACAUUAAGGAGUAUUCCAAAACUAAAGUCCCUAACACAGGGUAUCGGAAACGUAUUAUCUUUGAAAGAUAUAACAAUUUAUGAUUGCCAUGCUUUAACUUCUCUACCUGAAAGCAUAGGUAACCUCACUUUACUAGAAAAACUGUUUAUUUCUGAAUGCAGAAAUUUAGAUUCUCUGCCUAAAGGAAUGGAAAAGAUUGAGUCACUACAUACUUUGAUUAUUGUGGACUGUCCUUUGUUAUUGCCAAGGUGUCAACCAGACACGGGUGAUGAUUGGCCACAAAUUGCUCAUAUCAAAAAUAAGUUGGUGAGGGAAACACCUCAAGACUUAAGGGACUAGUGAUAUCAAGCAAAAACCAAAAUUUACUUUUAUCAGGUUAUAUAAUGAUAAGUUUGAAGGAGCAAAGAGGAAAAUGAUGAUGGAGUUCCAAUAUUCGAUUCUGUAUUAUGAUAAUUAUUAAAAACAAUACAGCUGUUUUUGUUUAAAAAUUGAUGAGUUCCUACGUGUUUUUUUGGAACUCUUGAUGUGUAUCUUUUUGUUUGACUCUUGUGUAUCUUUUUUAAUUCUAUUUUUUUAUGGAUUAAAUUUUAAUCUAAA